AUGGCGCGGCAGGGGACGGACGGCCCCUGCACGGGCCUAAGGAGCGAGUUUGCACUGGUUGUAACGGGCCUGGAGAACGUCAUCAGCGCCAUCCUCGCGCAGUUUGAGUCCGGCAUUGAGAGCGACGCCUCGGACAUUCAAUCCCCUCCCUCUGCUCCUUCCCCUCACCCCUGGGCAGGGGACGGCCCCUGCUCGGGCCUAAGAGAUGAGUUCUCCCUGGUGGUAACCCGUCUGGAAGAAGCCAUCACCGCCAUCCUCGCGCAGUUUGAAUCCGGCAUUGAGAGUGACGCCUCCGACAUCCCAGCCACCGCCACCAUCCACGGGCUCACGCGCUACGUGGUCAACUAUGUGAUUCUGCUCUACGAAUACCGGGACUCGCUCGAAAGGCUGUUCAAACGAGGCGACGCUGCUGCUGCUGGGAAGAUUCACAAGCUGGUUGUUUCGAAUAAGAAAGGAGGGGGAGGAGGGGGGAGGGAUGGGAGCGGGAGGGAUGGGGGCAGGGGAGAAGGCGGGUUGGACACGCCGGGCGAGUCGAGUGGGAGUGAGAUGAGUGGGAGUGGCGAGGAGGGGAGUGGGACGGAGGGGAGUGAGAAUGAGAGCGAGGAGGAGGACGAGGAGGAGGCAAGGAGGCGGGAGCAGGCGAGGAGGGAAGCACGGAAGGGGUUCAGAGGGGCGGGGGUGCCGGAGUAUGCAGGGCUGGGGCGCAAGGUGGUGUGGCAGCUGGCGGUGCUGGAGAAGAAUCUGCAGGGCAAGGCGAGGCAGUAUAGGGAUCCUGCUCAGGGCGAGGUGUUUCUCCUCAACAACAUUCACUACAUGGCCAGGAAGGUGAAGGAGUCGGACAUGAGGGUGGUGGUGGGGGACGACUGGGUGAGGAGGCAGGUAGCGCUGGUGAGGCAGCAUGCGAGCGAGUACCUGCGCUUCUGCUUCUCCCGCCUCUCCUAUACUUUGCGCAUCGACCCGUCCACUCAGCUGCACAAGAGCACGCUCAAGGAAAAAUUUAAGGCGUUCAACAUUCUGUUGGAGGAGAUUCAUCGCGACCAAACGCGGUGGCUUGUCAACCCGGGUCCAUUGCGGGACGAAUUGCGUCUGGCGGUGAAGCAGCGUGUGCUCGCGCCCUACACAGACUUUUAUCUCGCUUAUAAGCAUGUCAUGGAGGCGUCGAGGCACCCGGGGAAAUACCUGCGGCAUGAUCCUGUAGAGUUCCGCCUCGAUUCGUUGCCUCCAUCUCCUUAUCCCGCUCUUCUCGUUUUUUGGCAUCCACCGCAACAACGUUCCGGUCGCGCGGGGAAGCGCAUGGGGCGCGGGGAGGCGGCGGACGGGGGGCUGCGCCGGCAGCAGCAGGAGCGCGCGAUUGCUGACGUCAUGGGGACGGGGGAGCUGCGCGCCGCAGUGGUCGACGUGGCGCGCGCGCUCAUCGCGGCCGACGCGAAUGAUUUCGCGGCGGCGGAGCGCGCGCAGCAGCGCAGGCUGGCGGCAGAUAUGGCGCGCGCAAUCAUGGCGGCGGAGCUGGCGGCCGCGCGCGUGAGCGAGGGGGAGCGCGCGGAGCGGGCGUUCCGCAGCCUGUGGUUCGACUUCCCGUCCGCCCAGCCGCGCGACCUUUCUGCGCUCGCUGGCGCUAUCAGAAAUCAGGUGGACCUGAUCCCAUCCACAGGCAGCAGCAGCGCCACCAGCAGCGGCACCACAAGCAGCAGCAGCGCUCCCUCCUUCCCCAUCACGAGUCGGUUCCUCUCCGGCCUCUCAUACGUUGCAACCUCUGCGCACAAGGCACAGCUGGGCAGAAGCAGCACAGCUGCCAGCAACUCAGCUCCUGCAGCGGCAGCAGCAACAGCAGGGGAAGGAGGGAGGGAAGGACCAAGAGGGGCAGCAGGGGUGGGGGAAGGGGACGCUGGAGUGGGCGAGGAGGAGCAGGGGGCAGCAGGCAGGCAGCUUGCAGCCGCUGCUGCUCAGAUUGCUGCUUCUUUCCUGGUGAAGCUGCCCGCAAACUGUUUCAAACUGCCCGGCGAUGCUGGAGUAAAAGCGUUUGCAGCUGCCCUCUCCUCCUUCCACCUCGACCCUCCGGAGCUCCCCGCUCCUGCUGCCGAACCUUCUGCCGAGCCUGGAUCGAAUGAAGCCAGAGCUCUAGGCAACGGGGCUAGUGACGCUUCAGAAGAAGGGGCAGCAGCACCUGAAGCGAAUGGGAGCAGCACCAACGGCACCACGGCUGCUAGUGGAGGGGCUGCUAGUGCUGACGAUGCAGAGAGGGAGACCAAUGAUGAUGCGGACUCAGACGUCUCCUCCCUCUUUCAUGCUCGCCUCUCCUCUUUCAUGCUCGCCUCUCCUCUUUCAUGCUCGCCUCUCCCCUUUCAUGCUCGCCUCUCCUCUUUCAUGCUCGCCUCUCCUCUUUCAUGCUCGCCUCUCCUCUUUCAUGCUCGCCUCUCCUCUUUCAUGCUCGCCUCUCCUCUUUCAUGCUCGCCUCUCCUCUUUCAUGCUCGCCUCUCCUCUUUCAUGCUCGCCUCUCCUCUUUCAUGCUCGCCUCUCCUCUUUCAUGCUCGCCUCUCCUCUUUCAUGCUCGCCUCUCCUCUUUCAUGCUCGCCUCUCCUCUUUCAUGCUCGCCUCUCCUCUUUCAUGCUCUCCUCUUUCUCCUCCCCUCAUCCACCCCCCCCUGCCCUCACUGCUACAGCUACCUCUCUCGCCCUCCUCUCGUACCUCAUCUCCCACAUCUCUGCCUCGUCGUCUCACAAUUCAUAUGCAGCUAAGGGGAGGGAAGCCCGUGGGGGGAUAGGGGGAGGUAGGGUGCCAGGCUCGGUGGGAGGUUCGGAGGAGAAGCUGGUUCGGCGGAAGGUUUGGGCGGCGGUGAACGCGUUCUGCCCUGGGUUAGGGGAUCUGCGAGUGUUGCUGUUCUGGAUUCAAUCGGCUGCCUCCUCCGCCCCUUCCCCUGCUGUUGCUCGCACCGUCGGUGACUCGGCCAUCAAGUCGGGCCUGUGUCGAGCUCUCGUGGCGGCUCACUCCUCCCUCGCAUCACCCAAGCCACGCCCAGCAACCACACAGCCACCCACAGGCUUACACGUGGCACCACCAGCCACAUCCCAGUUUCCAACCGCAUGGCAGUGGCUUGACACAGCUUUGCUCUUCCUCGCUGCUUCAUCUCCAGAGGUUCGGACCUUUGUCUCAAAGGCACUGCCCUCCCGAGCCUGCUUUCCAUUCCCGCUCCCACUUCCGAACCAACCGCCUUCUGCCGAGCCUGGAGGUUUGGCACCGGCGCUGCCUGGCUCGGUUGCCGAAGCUGACUGGGUGUGGCCGUUGCUGCUGGAUCCAAACCGGACCCAAGCCGAACAGCCAUUGGCGUGGCUGCUAGAUUCCCUGGCAGUGACUAUGGAUGGUGUUCUUACAGCAAAGGGCGAUGGUGGCUUGGAAACGAUGGGGAACAAGAACGGUUUUGGCUUUACCCUGGACGUUGCCACCUCAGCUUCCCGCACACUCGCCCUCCUCCUCAGCAUCCUCCUCGUCAGCAGCCACCUGGCACCUCCCAGAAGCGCCACGUCAGCACCCCCUAUCCUCCCCAAAGGCGGCCAGCUGGCAGCUGCUGCAGUGCAGGCAGAGGUGGGUUGUGGGGGUGGUGCUAGUGCUGGCAGGGGCAAGUGCGACUGA